AUCGCUAGUCGCUGCACGGGCACACUGUAAACAAUCCGCACGACCCAUGAGCCCUCGCACCGCGCCGCCAGAUUCUCCAGCUCCUCCCGUUCGCCCAGCCGCCAUGUCCCAGACGCAGUGCAGCUUGUAAGCAGCAGCAGCAUCAGCAGCCGCCGCCGCAGAGAAGUCCGCCCGCAGUCAGAAGCGGGAGCAGAGCAUCCGGAGCGACCGGAUCCCCCGGUUCCCGCAACAGGUUGUGCCCCCUACUACAUCCCAUCGGUGUGCCCUUUUGUUACGCCAAGUGAGCGGCCAGAGGAUUGGAAGUGGGUGCAGCAGGAUGCAGCAGCGUCGCCCGCAGGCGAGUGGAGCCUGCCAGGAGGAGCAGCCUCAGGAUGAGACCAAGAAACACUCGGUGAAGACGCCGACGAUGCCGCUGCCGCCGGCGCAACGACGCGGCUGCUACUUCUCGCUGGCCUUCUCCAUCGGUUCGAUGGGAUUGGCCUGCGGCAGUUUGUGGCAGAUCCCCAACAGCAGCGAUCGCAUCUCGCUGCAGCGCGGACUGGUCCUCACCUCGCUGGGAUUCAUCUACUUCGUCUCGCUGACCGACUUCUGCAACAAAUACCUGCUGGAGACGAGUCAUGGCCAGCGGUUCCGCCGCAAGUACCGCCUGAUGAUGUCCGACGUCCUGGAGAUUACCAACAAAAUCGUUUCGGCCAUCCAGGCUUCCUUCUCCUUCCUCGUGGGACUCAUCGUCUGCAAGUCGACGUGCACCAAGUCCUUCGUUUAUGCGUCGCACUUCUUGAUGGAGGCCUACGGCUGGUUCGGCACCGCCUACUUUAUGUACGACAUCUGGUCGAUGUACAAGGUGCACACCCAGAAGAUCGCCGACAAGCUGCACCUGUUGCGCAUCACCAAGGGUCAGGGGGCGGGGGCGGGUGCGCCGACGAGCAAUGGCCACGCCAACGGCAAGGUCAACGGGCAGUCCCGUCCCACCUCGGGUGGCAAUAACAACGGCAGCACCCCGGGCACCCCACACGAGAUCUGCGACUACGACGGCGCCUGCGUCCAGAUUCCCAAGGACGGACGUUGGGACUUCCUCAAGUAUGUCCUUACGCACCCGGUCAUGAUGAUUCACCACGUCUUUAUCGGCACGUUCGGCCUGCUGGUGGUGACGUACAUCCGCGGCGGUGGGCACUGCAUCUACAGCUACAUGUUCAUGAUGGAGUUCUCCACGCCGUUCGUCUCGCUGCGCAGCAUCCUGAGCACCAUGCGGCUGAAGGACUCGCGGGUGUACAUCGCCAACGGACUGCUCAUGCUGGCCACCUUCUUCGUGUGCCGCGUCUGCAUGUGGCCGUACGUGAUGUGGCGCUACAGCCUGGCCAUCGAGGCCGCCUCCAUGUGGGCGGCCAUGUGCGGGCUGCCGCGGGGCUGCCUCGUCAGCAUCGCCAUUCUGUUCUUGCCACAGCUCUACUGGUUCUACCUGAUGGUCUUGGGGGCCCUCAAGGUCUUUCUGCCGCAGAAGCGAAAGCCGCCCAACGCCGAUCUUCAGGCCACGAUAGCGGCCACGCCCAUCCCCACCGCCCUCGUUAAUGGCAAAAACUAGUGCAAAUUGUAACCUGUUUGUUUGUAUCCAUGUAUUUAUUUUGAGGCACAGUUCCAGCCGCUUCCAUUUUUUGCGGAGAUCUUGCUAUUGUUUAUACAUUUUUAACAAUUAGUUAUACAACAAGGACCCGGACCCGGACCCUCAACCCACAAGACAGACGCGUCAGGACGGACGGAUAUUGAACACGGAACCGGAAUCGAGAGAGGAUUACAGAAAACAAUGCGACCAGGGACAGAUGUUUAGUUUUAAAAAGACAUAAUUUACUAAAACAAAACAAAACAAAACAAAACAAACAAAAAACAUGAAAAAACUAAGAACAAAAACGAAAAGAAAAACAAAAACGAAAACUAAAACUAAAACCAAAUGCAGAUGAAGCGAAUAAACUAAGUUGCUUAUUUUUUGAAGCAAGCCCCCUAAACCAUAAA